GACAGAAAAACGGAUGGGUGGGAAUUAAAGAAAGUCGGGGUUAUCAAAGCAUUGGCAUAUAAAUAUACGGUAGCGCUUCAAUGGAUGACUAAAGAGACAAUUGAAACGUGGCCGAUAGAGAGGGUACAAUGAAAAAUAAAUACUAAUUAUUGUUUAGGUGUCUGUGUGCACAAUUACUGUAACCGGGAGAGGGGAGGUGGGAAGAGCGCUCGGUGUGCGGUGGGGAAAAAUAAUGGUGUAAAGCAAACGUACGGUAAAAUAAUACGAACAAUGAAGGGUGUGGAUGAGACAGCCGAAACAAAGAUUAGGGGCAGAGUAGAUGAUAGGGAGUGGGAUUUAGAGGGGGUGAGGGGUGAUUGGAAAACACAGCAAGUAGAGAGUCGAGAGAAAAUACAGAUGGCAUCCUAAUGGGAUAUGUUGUAUAGAGUGAAAGGGAAUAUCCCUUUUCGGAAUAUCAGUAAAAGAAAAUGGUGGAAGAGAUCUUAGAAGGAACCUGGGAGGAAAGAGUAUAAUGGAAGUGAAGGGUGUAGAACCCGUAAAACAAAGGGAAACAGACCAUUUGGGAUCUCCGUUCUAUUCCUAAAUCAUGGUAAAGAUUUUUGUAGGUGGAGUGUCACCAUCAGCAUCCCCUGAGGAGUUAAAGAAACUCUUUGAGAGAUAUGGGCAGGUGAAUGAGUGUGACAUCCUCAAAAACUAUGCCUUUGUCCACAUGGAAAGGGAGCAAGAUGCCCACCGUGCUAUUGGAGAGCUACACAAACAAGAGUUCUAUGGCUCCCACCUUACAGUGGAGUAUGCCACAUCAAAAAUACGUAAUGCCACCAAGAUAUAUGUUGGAAAUGUCUCAAGCAGGGCUACCACAUCACAACUGAAGGAGCUUUUCGAGAAGUUUGGCAAGGUUGUAGAAUGUGACAUUGUCAAAAACUAUGCUUUUGUGCAUAUGGCCAAGGAGAGGGAAGCUAUGGAUGCUAUUUUGCACCUCAAUGACACUCCUUUGGAGGACCAGAAGAUAUUUGUCACACUCUCUAAGAGUAACAAUGCGCCCAAGAGCUCCAAGGUAGCCUCAGCAAUAGUGGCAGCUCCAGCAACAGCACCUCCCCCACCAGCUCCUCCGCCCCCUCCAGCUUAUUACUUCCACCGUGGACGUCUCCCUCCAACACCACCCACUUUUGCUCCAUACCAACCUCGUUCUUGGUAUGAGAGGGAAUACUAUGAAAGAUACACAUAUGAUUUCUACGAUAGAGGAGGCGUUGGAGGUCGUACUACCUAUGACAGAGCCUUGGCUCCUACAGCAGUGGUGGCUACAACUGCUCAGGCUUUGUCUACUACCCCUGUGGCUGCUGCACCACCAACUCCAGCCUCCAUCAAUGCAGCUUUGGCUCCUGCAGCAUACAGGGACAGAAGCCCUGUGGGGAGGAGAACAGCAGCAGCAGCGGCAGCGGUUGUGGCACAGUAUGCGGAUCCAUAUAGCGCCUCUCAAGCCUAUAGCCAGACCUACGGCCAACCCUACGCCUCUGCUUUCUCUCAAUAUAACAUGGGUGCACCAGCAUACAGCCCUGCAGAAUACUACGAGAAAUAUGCUAACGGGUAUGCAGGCCAGUACAGCCAAACCUACUAAGCCACACUGACCCUUGACACAAGCACCCCACCGUUUCUUUUUUUCUUUUGACUUGAUUGUUUACUGUCCAGUAGGUCUACACAGGUUUAAGUAGCUUUCAUUAGAUAAGUGACUCUGUGAGGAGUGGUAAUGCAGAGAUGUGUCAAAUUAAAAAUUGUAGGUGUAUGGCCCUUUAAAAAAAAAACAAAAAAAAAAACAUUAAUCAAAUCUGACUGAAAACAUAAUAUAGAAUAAAAAUAUGUAUAAUCCAAGAUGUUAAUCUGAAACACUUUUGCUGUUUUGAUUAUUACGUUCGAGAAUAAAAGGGAUUUUUAAUAUACUGUUAUAGCAUAUAGUCCUUGCUGCAAGUAUCAGUUAGAAAAUCCUUAUUGUUUCAUUUGCAACUUAAGCAGGGGAAUUUGCCUGUUCUUAUAAAUUUAUAACAUGACAUGAGUUUUAUCACUUCUGUAGGUAGAGAUAGAAAUGUAGUAUUUCUGGUUUAAAAAAAAAAAAACAAAAACAAA